GAUGGAUUUGAGUCUAUGAUGAAUGGGGUCAAUAUUCAAAUUGCCAUCUUUGUUUUUUCUUUUUCCCUUUUGAUCUUUCUGGUCUUAGAUCGCCGUCAUUCCCAUAACCUCCUCUGAAUUGUUCAGGUUAGGAACUGAGUACAUAAAUCUUCUGCCUUACCUUCUAAUAGGAAUUGAAAGCUGUUAACAAUCAUGCCACCAAAGGCAUUGGAUUAUGAAUCACUGAAUGAGAAUGUGAAGAAGGUUCAGUAUGCUGUUAGAGGCGAGCUAUAUCUUCGAGCUUCUGAGCUUCAGAAGGAAGGAAAGAAGAUCAUUUUCACAAAUGUUGGAAAUCCUCAUGCUCUCGGACAGAAGCCCCUAACUUUCCCUCGCCAGGUGGUUGCUCUAUGUCAAGCUCCAUUUUUAUUAGAUGACCCCAAUGUAGGACUGCUCUUCCCUGCUGAUGCAAUUUCAAGGGCUAAACAUUACCUCUCAGUUACUUCUGGUGGUCUAGGUGCUUACAGUGAUUCUCGAGGUAUUCCUGCAAUUAGGAAGGAAGUGGCAGAGUUCAUUGAAAAACGUGAUGGUUAUCCAAGUGACCCAGAACUCAUAUAUCUCACUGAUGGUGCCAGUAAAGGUGUAAUGCAGAUCUUAAAUGCCAUAAUCCGUGGUGCAGGGGAUGGGGUUUUGGUUCCAGUUCCACAAUACCCUCUUUACUCAGCUGCAAUAUCUCUAUUUGGUGGUUCUCUUGUUCCGUAUUACCUGGAAGAAACUGCGAACUGGGGUCUUGAUGUUACUGAUCUUCGCCAGUCAGUCAUAACAGCUCGCUCCAAAGGAAUUACUGUGAGAGCAAUGGUGAUUAUAAACCCUGGUAACCCUACUGGUCAGUGUCUUAGUGAAGCUAAUUUAAGAGAGAUAAUAAACUUCUGUAUCCAAGAAAACCUGGUCUUGCUUGGUGAUGAAGUUUAUCAGCAGAAUGUAUACCAGGAUGAGCGCCCCUUUAUUAGUGCUAGAAAGGUGUUGAUGGGUAUGGGGCCAUUCAUAAGCAAGGAGCUCCAGCUUGUUUCUUUCCACUCUGUGUCAAAAGGAUAUUGGGGUGAAUGUGGACAGCGUGGUGGAUACUUUGAGAUGACAAACAUUCCUCCACAGACAGUUGAUGAGAUAUAUAAGGUUGCAUCAGUGGCACUCAGUCCAAAUGUUCCUGCACAAAUAUUUAUGGGCCUUAUGGUCAACCCUCCCAAACCUGGAGAUAUUUCAUAUGACCAGUUUGCUAGGGAAAGCAAAGAGAUCCUUGAAUCUCUGAGGAGAAGAGCACGUUUAAUGACUGAUGGAUUCAACAGCUGCAGAAACGUAGUUUGUAAUUUCACUGAAGGUGCCAUGUAUUCCUUCCCUCAAAUACGCUUGCCACCAAGAGCAAUUCAGGCUGCUAAAAGCGCUGGAAAAGUUCCUGAUGUAUUCUACUGUCUCAAGCUUUUGGAAGCCACCGGCAUUUCCACUGUUCCUGGUUCAGGGUUUGGACAGAAAGAUGGGGUCUUCCACUUGAGGACAACCAUCUUACCAGCUGAGGAAGACAUGCCUGCUAUCAUGGACAGUUUCAAGAAGUUCAACAAUGAGUUCAUGGAGCAAUAUGAAGAUGACAGAGGUUAUUCAAGGAUGUGAAAAAUCCUGAAAAUCAAGUAUCCUCGUAUGUCCAGCUUUUCCAAGCUGUUCAAUGUAAAAACUGUCGACGUUGUUUUACCUUGCUGUAAAAGCUACAUUGCAUCCAGAAUAUCUUCCACCUCUUUACUACAUAUUCUCUAUUUAAAACUCUCUGGUUUCCAGCCUCUAAUGUAAAUUGCAUAAGUGACUAAGUUCCCAACUUUAAGCAAGAUAUGACCAAUUGUGAUGUGUGUGGCUUUA